ACCUGUUUUUACUGCGAAUGAUUUAAAACAUUGUGCAAUUAGCUAUGGAUGCAAAGCGUGAGAGAAAGUCUUCUUUGGCUCCACUUUCGCCAUGUCCGAUACCGGAUAUCACGGAUGAUGAGCUCGUAACAAUUUCUGUGCGUGAUCUAAACCGGACGCUGAAGAUGCGUGGACUUAACCGGGAGGAGAUUGUGCGCAUGAAACAACGGCGUCGCACGCUCAAAAAUCGGGGCUAUGCGGCCAGUUGUCGAAUCAAGCGGAUCGAACAAAAGGACGAAUUGGAAACGAAAAAAUCGUACGAAUGGACGGAACUGGAACAGAUGCACGAUGACAAUGAACAGAUACGCUUAGAUGUGGGCAACUGGAAAAACAAAUACAAAGCAUUGCUGCAGUUUGCUAUUCAAAACGAUAUACCCAUUCCGAGCGAGCUGGAGGGCUGCUGACUGCAACCAGUUAAAUCUUAUCACAUUCCAGUUUCAGUUUCGAAAAUCAAAUCAAAAAAAACACCUGUAACCAUAGUACAAUAGCUGGAAUUUGAUUUGUAAUGUCACACAAACUCAAUUUACAUAUAAUAAUAAACAUUGUAUACGACGAAGCGA